UAAUAAGGAAGUAGUUGGUCAUAUGACAGUCCGUGUGUGCACAGAGUUGAGGUUAUUCAACAACAGUUUUGUAUACGUUCUGAAAUGCUUCCCGCUAUACUGCUCUCUAAAUGGCUUCUUACUACUUUGUAACCCUUGCUUUCCUCUUUGUGUGGAUUUGCACAAUCGGUGCCGAGUUCUAUGUUGUAGAUGAUCAGAUCGGUCUUGGGAGACGAUUCGAUGGAAUCGGUGGUUUAAGCGGAGGAGGGGCUACUACCAGACUUCUGGUAAACUACGAAGAACCGUACCGUAACCAAAUAUUAGACUAUUUAUUCAAGCCCGACUUUGGGGCCUCCUUACAGAUUCUGAAAGUUGAAAUCGGAGGAGAUGCACAGACAACUGAUGGAACGGAGCCCUCACACAUGCACUAUGAAGGAGACGAGAACUACUUCCGUGGAUAUGAGUGGUGGCUGAUGAAGGAAGCCAAGAAGAGGAACCCCGACAUCACUCUUAUUGGCCUACCUUGGGCAUUUCCUCAUUGGGUGGGGAAAGGUCAAGGUUCACCAUACCACUUUCCUGACGUCACUGCUAGUUAUGUUGUAUCUUGGAUCAUUGGCGCAAAGCAGUAUCAUGACCUGGACAUUGAUUAUGUUGGGAUAUGGAAUGAAAAGACGUUUAAUGCAGAUUAUAUAAAGAUUUUACGAAGCACUUUAGAUAAGGCUGGCCUUCCUGACGUGGGCAUCAUUGCUGCUGAUGGGAACUGGGACAUAUCAGUUGCCAUGGAAAUGGAUCCCCAUCUUUACGGGGCCGUUGACAUAAUUGGGGUUCACUAUCCAGGCACGAAGACUAUUCCGGAAGCCUUGAGGACCAAGAAGAAGCUUUGGUCCUCUGAAGACUACAGCACCUUUAACAAUGAUGUUGGUGCAGGCUGCUGGGCUCGCAUUCUCAACCAGAACUAUGUCAAUGGCAGGAUGACCUCCACCAUAUCCUGGAACCUGGUGGCAAGUUACUAUGAGGAUCUCUCAUUUGGACGGGAUGGGCUGAUGACCGCAGAGGAACCGUGGAGCGGGAACUAUGUGGUGGAGUCACCCAUUUGGAUAACAGCUCACACCACACAGUUUGCAAAGCCUGGCUGGAGGUAUCUGCAGACCAUCGGGAACCUAGCUCAUGGCGGAAGCUAUGUAGCUCUGACAGACGGGAGAGGGAAUCUUACAGUUGUCAUAGAAACUAUGACUCACGAUCACUCCCAAUGCGUUAGACCUCCGCUCCCACCUUACAGCGUGUCUCCUCAAAAUGCAACAUUUAAUCUCAAGGGCUCUUUUGCAACAGCCACUGAGCUUCAGCUGUGGUACUCCAAAUUUGACUUCAAGAACUCGAAGCAUACCCUCUUCAAGAAACUACAGCCUGUCAAGGCCUUAGGUGGAUUCUUCACCUUGAGCUUAGGUGUCGAUGAGGUUUACACCUUAACUACGAUCACGACCGGACAGAAGGGCCACUACACAGACCCGCCUAAUUCAUCCCCGUUCCCUAAAAAGUAUUUUGAUGACUUCAAUGUCCGGAAUCCUUCCUUUGAUGAGGCUCCCUUCUUUGCUGAUCAAACCGGCGUGUUUCAGUACUUCCCAAACCUGACCGACCCAGGGCCUCAUGUCUUUACGCUACGACAGGUCGUGACCGAGCGCCCAAUAGCUUGGGCGAAUGACGCAGAUCAGACCAUUAGCAUUAUCGGAGACCACAGCUGGGGAGAUGUGACCGUGACCUGUGACGUCUUAAUUGAAACCGUGAACACAGGAGGCGUGUUCAUUGCUGCAAGAGUGGACAAGGGAGGCGAGUCUGUCAGGGAGGCUAUGGGAGUCUUCUUCUGGGUGUUCGCCAAUGGCACUUACAGAGUAACCAAUGAUAUUGGUGGGAAGAUGGUGCGAGCGGAGGGCUUAUCGGGAACAAAAGCAGGAAAAUGGCACACUCUGACCCUCACAGUCAAGGGGCAGUUCGCUCAUGGAAUGCUGAAUGGAUAUUUAUUGUGGAAGGAUGCUGUGAUUCUAAAUCCAAGGAAUGGAUGGGCUGCCAUCGGAACAUACUCUUUUGAAUAUGCCCAGUUUGAUAACUUCCAAGUGGUGGCAGACUGAGUAGCUGCUGCUCCUGUGAAUAAUGUAGUUCCCAAGUGUGACCUACUUUGUGUGGACAAUCACAGCCCUACACUGGACUUGAACUCCUAAUCUCAGGCAUGGGAGACGGGCAUGCUAGCAAGGAGGCUAAAACCCAUGGGUGCUAGCAACUGUCGCCAGCAUGUCUCUUAAGGUGUCAGGGAGUAAGGUUUCCUCACUGCACACUCCUCACUGCACAACACUGUACCCACUGGCUACCAUUACACUAGCACAUAAUUGUGAGCUCUGCCUCGUUACAAAAUAGCCUGACAGGGUAUGGCGUGGGGCUGCAUAAUGUGGUCUCCUUCAUGAAGAUUAUCUUGUCCCGGUCACCAGUGGAGUUUUAUUCACUAUAAAUCUCUGACUAACAAAGUUAUCCGUGCUUUCUUAAAUUUUAAAUGAACAUAGAUUCAGCGAAGGUGACGGGUUAUUAUGAAAUCAAUGAAAAUGAAUGUAAAAUCAAGGAAAGGGGCUGUAGCCUACACUUAACUUGGCCUAUAAUUAUCACAUUUCAUGGAUCCGUUGCCAUAUUAUUAUUAUUAUAUUUUUACUAUUUUUACGCUUUGUACAUUUUUAUGCAAUGGAAUGAUUCUGAUUUUUGGAAUAAAGUUCGAUUGAAUGA